AUGAAACCAUAUAUUGGAGCAAUUGAUCAAGGUACAUCAAGUACAAGAUUUAUACUUUUCGAUAAGAAUGGAGAUAUAGUAUUAUCACAUCAAAUAUUAUUAACACAACAUCAUCCACAUCCAGGAUGGGUUGAACAUGAUGGUAAUGAAAUAUUAGAAUCUGUUAAUAAAUGUAUUCAAGUUGUAAUGAAACAAUACUAUGAAAAUAAUUUUGGUACAAAAGAAGAUAUUAAAGCAAUUGGUAUAACCAAUCAAAGGGAGACAACUAUCGUAUGGGAUAAGAAGACAUCGAAGCCAUUAAACAAUGCCAUAGUUUGGUGUGAUACACGUACUAAAGAUUUAGUAAACUAUUUUAAUAAUAAAGCAAAGAAAUUAAUUGAUGAUAAUAAUAUAAUAGAUAAUAAUAGUAAAUCAACUACAGUAGUUGAUGGUGCUCAAGGAGAAUGUAAAUUAGAGAGUAAGAAUUAUUUACGUGAAAAAUGUGGAUUACCAUUAAGUUCUUAUUUUAGUGGAUUGAAAUUGAAAUGGUUAUUUGACAAUUGUGAAUCGGUUAGAGAGGCAUAUGGACGUGGUGAUUGUUUAAUGGGUACCAUUGAUAGUUGGUUGGUUUGGAAUUUAACAGGUGGUAAAUGUCAUAUUACAGAUGUUACCAAUGCAAGUAGAACCAUGUUAAUGAAUUUGAAAACUUUAUCAUGGGAUAAAGAAUUAUGUGAUUUCUUAGAAGUACCAAUAGAGAUUUUACCAAACAUUCAUAGUUCUUCAGAAAUAUAUGGUCAUGUGACAAUGGGUGAUGAUGAGCAGCAGCAGCAGCAGCAUCCAUUACAUGGUAUACCAAUUGCAGGUGUUUUAGGUGACCAACAAGCUGCAAUGGUUGGUCAAAUGUGUUUUGAGAAGGGUCAAGCUAAAAAUACAUAUGGUACUGGCUGUUUCUUGUUAUAUAAUACUGGUAAUGAUAUAGUACAUUCAAGAAAUGGGUUGUUAACUACGGUUUGUUAUCAAUUUGGUAAAGAUUCACCACCAAUUUAUGCAUUGGAGGGUGGUGUAGCUGUGGCAGGUUCUGGUGUACGUUGGUUGAUUGAUAAUAUGGGUAUUGCAGAGAGUAGUCAAGAGAUUGAGGAUUUGGCAAAGAGUGUACAAGAUACUGGUGGUAUGUAUUUUGUACCUGCUUUUAGUGGAUUAUUCGCACCUUAUUGGAGAGACGAUGCAAGAGGUGUAAUGGUUGGUUUAACUCAUCAUACCAAUCGUUGUCAUAUAGCAAGAUCUGUAUUGGAGUCAACUUGUCUUCAAACAUUUGAAGUUUUAGAUGCAAUGCAAAAAGAUUCGGGAAAUAAAUUGGUAGAGUUACGUGUUGAUGGUGGUAUGGCUAAAAAUAAUUUACUCUUGCAAAUUCAAUCAGAUUUACUUGGUUUACCAGUUGUAAAACCAAUAAGUUUAGAAACUACUUGUUUUGGUGCUGCUUUCGCUGCUGGUAUUGCAACUGGUGUUUGGAAAGAAACUAUGCAAUUUAAAAUUGGUGGUAAAUUCACUCCACAAUUAGAUGAAAAUCAUAAAACUCAAAAAUUAAAAGAAUGGAAAAAAGCAAUUUCAAAAUCUUUAGAUUGGAUUGAUACAAAAAAUUAA